AAUGCACGCAUCAGACGAACCGUGCGCUACUCCUGAAGCCAAGAUUUGUCUAUAAUGGCAUUAUUAUUUUACCGUGCAUUGUUGCAUGUGUAAAUGGAAUGCUAUUGUACUCCAUCUAUAGACAACUGUGGUGCGAAUCGGAGAAAGAAAUGUCACCGAACUGCUUCUCACUGCCUAUUGUCACUGAGAUGGGAAAAUGAGUCGAAUAGAUAUGUAGAACAUAUCCAGGAUUGUUGGUCUUGGUCACCUGAUGAUCCGGAAUGUCCCAGCGAGCCUGGUGUUUGCUAUCUUUUGUCAAAGUCCACGGAGAAGUUCACAACAUGCUGUUGCAAAGGCCCUCUUUGUAAUGGUGUUCACAAUAAUACCAUUAUUUCCCCACCAAAUCAAUUUAACAAAUCCGUGAUCACAACGAGAUCACCCCCAUUUUCGAGCACUCCAUCACCCAGUUUUCAUGUGCAACACAAAGAUAUCUCCCUUGCUUUGAUAAUCACUAUUCCAAUAAUUGCCGGCUUAAUUUUGAUGUUAACAUUUGCUUGUAUUGUCUUUUAUUUACCCCGUUAUCGUGUUUGUCGUUUAAAGCAGGUAAGUGAUGUUAAAUUAGUUAAUCUGUUGUAUGACUUUUAGAGCAUGAGAUUUCCAAGGAAGCAAAAAACUUGUUCACAUUGUAAAAAAUCAUCCAGUUUGACGUUUAACCCUUUCCACGGUCUAUCUGUGUGUACAUGUGGUCAUUCUGUCAAAGAUGUCAUUUCAGACGAGUCAGUCGCACAAAAUAAUUACUUUGGUUUGAAUAAGAUGUCUAAAAAUCCGAUAACUGGUCUCCAAUGGUUGUCUAAUGAGUGUGUUGAGUUAUGUUCUGUGGUUAAAAAGGUUGAAUUAAAAGCACAUGGACGUUUUGGUCAAGUUUGGCUUGGUCGAUUUUCACUACCUGUCGAUAGCCAGAAGAAUUCAAUUCCUAAUGCAUCAAUGUCAUCGUUGGAUAAAAAUAACAAAGAGGUAGAUGUAGCUAUUAAGAUAUUCACUUCAACCGAGAAGCGUAGCUGGGAAGCAGAGGUAGCAAUUUUCAAUGUAUCAGGUUUAGAACAUAACAAUAUUUUGAAAUAUUAUGGUGCUGAUCAGGUUGUUGUAGACAAUUCUAUUGGAGAGGAUAAAUUAGAAUAUUGGUUAAUUACGGAAUAUCAUCAUUUAGGAAGUGUAUACGAUUAUCUUCAUGUUCACGAUAUACAGUGGGCUGAUUUAUUAAAAAUUUGUAUUGGAAUAUCUCAAGGAUUAGCACAUUUACACAUGGAAAUUCCAAAUUUAUCAAAGCCAAGUAUAGCUCAUCGUGAUUUAAAUUCUCGUAAUAUAUUAUUAAAGGCUGAUCUUACAGCAUGUAUUGCUGAUUUUGGUUUGGCGAUUCGUUUUGAAGCUGGUCAGUGUAUGAGAGAUGCGCACCUGCAAUUGGGUACUCGUCGAUAUAUGGCACCCGAGGUUCUUGAUGGCGCUAUUCAAUUCUCAAAGGAUGCAUUUCUACGUAUUGAUGUAUAUGCAAUGGGUUUAGUGUUCUGGGAAUUGAUGAUGCGAUGUUGUUGUGGUUCUGACAAGACUUCAGUAAUUGACAUUACAAAUUAUUUAGCACCAUUUGAAUUAGAACUUGGUCCACAGCCAUCAAUGGAAGGUCUACAACGUUGGGUAGCGCAUGCAAAACAACGGCCAAAGUUCAAUCCUCAAUGGGCCUCAGAUCUAGGUUUGUGUACAUUAUGGGAAACUGUCGAGGAAUGCUGGGAUCAAGAUGCAGAAGCACGUCUUUCAGCUGGUUGUGUAGCUAAACGUCUUACAUUAUUACUUCAUCAAUCUGCAAUACUGCAACAACUCAAUGAGAAAAAUGUCAACAAUAAUAGUAAUAGUAGUGGUGAGGGUGGGGGUGGUGGUGGUUGUGAGGAUAAGGGUAAAAAUUCUGCAAAUCCUAUCAAUAAUGUUUCUCCCAUAUCCAUAUCGAAUGAUAUAAUCAUAAGAAAACAGAUUCUAGACAUCUGUUAUCCUCCUCCGCCUCCUCCUCGUCGUCUUCACAUUCACAUUCUAAAAAUGUAAGUAAUACACGUGAUAUAAACUUGUGGAAUGGUUCUUCGGCAUUUAAUAAUGUCAAUGGUGCAACUGUUCCUACUUCUACUGUCACCACCAAUAGCACACACACACACCUAUCUAGCAUAGGUUUACCUCACUCACUUAAUGAUGCUGUCUUCUCGUCUACUGAUGAUGGAGUCAAUAUGAAAGCUAUUCAACAACGAACAGAAAAAGGAGGUGAUACCAAAGCAGGGCUACAACAAAAACGACAAGAAAUUAAUGAAGAAUGCACAGAACAUCAAAAAUUAUUGUCUCCUAGCAAUUCUAAUUUGCAUUGAUUCGUAACUUGCUUACUCAUUCCUUUCUCAGUAGUAUUGUGUACAUGUAUGCGAAUAAUAUAGGAGACAAUUUACACAUAUAUAUAUGUAUGUAUGAAAUCUUCUCUUCUAUUUUAUUAUUACCUAUUUCUUAUCUGUUGUACAGUUGUUUUUCUUUAUUGUUUGUAACCAGUGUAAUCUGUAUACCUGUAUAAUCUCUAUGCUUGAGUUAUCCAACCAGUAGCUAUCUUGUUAAAUAUAUAUAUGUAUAUCCAUUAUAAUAAUAAAGGUUUUUGUAUUUCCCAAUGUGAAUGAAAAACAAAACGAUAUUGUUUUUACUGACGUUUCGCUAUUUAAUGCUAAUAGCUUUAUCGAAGUAUUAUAUAUAUAUAUAUAUAUCCAGUUAUGAUUUUAUCAUGGUUUCUUCCUUCUACUGUAUGUGAUGUCUAUGCUUAUUAGUGUGGUGGUUUAUACUCUUGGACACAUGACAUUAUUUCUUCGGAAUCCCUUUGUCACAAUGUAAAGUGUUUAACUUCUUAACUUUAUUCAUAAUAUCCAGUGGUUACCUAGUUAGUUAGUUAAUUAGUCAGUUUGCAUUACUGUUAUUUAUCAGCAUAACCUUGAGUCUUUGGGAUUAUGGCAUGACGAUUGAAUACGCAAUAAUAAUAAUAAUAGUAAUUAUGUUACUGAUGUUUAUUUGCCCAGUGUUCCUUCCAGUCGUAAAUUUAUCGGGUAUUAUUUCACCUUUUUCUUAUUUUAUAUAAAAUAAUAAUAAAUCCCGGUGAAUUUGACUAUCUAUCUGCAUAUAUAUUUUAAAUGGACAACUUAUCACUAACACUACAACUACAUCUACACAUACUACUGAAGUACCAUUGUCAGUAGCACUGUGUGUGUAUCUGUGCGCGCCUGGUGUACAAGUAUAAAUGUCAAUAUUUUGUGAUCUUGUUUUAUUAUCCAAGGGGUUUUGAAUUCCCUCUUCCUUGGUAUAUAUUCAAUUUUCUUUUCUUUUUUUUUUGAAAUUGAUUUGGAAGUUUUCUUUAAAACAAUCUCCAUUUCUUUUUAAAAAAUUCCUGUUUCUCUUUUCUUUUGUUUUGUGGCUGGUGUUCUCUACUUUUCUCAUAUUUAUCAUCAUUUCUUUCUUUGAAUUAUUGAAGAUUAAAUUAGCAUUAUUACUAUUAUUUUUCCUUCUGGUUUGAAAUUAAAUGUCUUUACAAUUUCUGUCUCUGUUGUAUCAAAUUGAGUGAAAAGAAACCCAGUAAUAAUAACAACAAUAAAAUAAAAAUUCCAUUCG